AUGACUGACGUAAAUAUCUGCUUAUUUGGUCUUUCACAAAGUGGGAAAACAACAUUCUCUAAUAUUGUACGAGGAGGUGAAUUUCAGGAAGAUUUUGUAGAAACACAAUCAAGAACUCAAGACAGAUUUACGUUUACUGUUGACACAAUUAGCUUCAGUGGAAGUAUUUAUGAUGAACCUGGAAAUAACUUUAAAGAUUUAAAAGCUACUGUUUCUACUUAUGCAACCUCUGGACUUAUUCAUAUUUUUAUUGGGUCUGAAAUAAAUCCUACUGAUUGUAAAUUUAUUGAACACUAUAUCGAACAACCACAAUACAAAGACUGUGUAAAUGACGAUAAUCUUAUAUGUGUUGUUAUGACUAAAAAAGAUCUUGCUCAAGAUUUUGACACAACGCCAGUUAAAGCAGCUGCAGACAGUUAUAAAGGAUUGUUUUAUGAAUUAGACUUGCAUGAUAUAGAAAUGGUUAAAAAAGUUUUUGGGGAGAUUUUGAGUAAAUAUGCAGAAAUGAAAGGAAUAAAAUCAGAGUCUAAACAAGAAUCUUCUAAGAAAAGUGGAAAGAAAGAUACCUCGAAAAAAGAGAAGAAAGGAGCUUGCGUUUUGUUCUAA